UUCACCGGCAAAACCCCUUAACUCGGAGGUCGAAACUUUGGAUAUACCAUCGACAACAUCAAAGCCAUGAUUUUUUCUGUAUAAGAUAUAACUCCUGAUCUGUCGGCAAGAAGUUGGAAGAUAACAGAGCCAUCUCAGACUACAAUAUCCAGAAGGAAUCUACCCUUCGUCUCCUCCUCCAUCUUCGUCGCAGGAUGCGGAUCUUUGCCAGAAUGCCAAUGGGGAAGACGAUAGCUAUGGAAGUUGAAAGCUUUGAUACCAUAGGUAAAGUGAAGGCCAAGAUUCAGGAUAUAGAGGGGAUUCCACCGCAUCAUCAGCUUUUGAUCAUUGCUGGGAAGAACCUCGAGGGUCCUAGAACUUUGGAAGAAUACGACAUGCCAUUAGUUUUUACAUUGCACCUGAGUCUGAAGUUUGAAGAUGAUAUGCGGAUUUUUGUAAAAACUUUGACAGGGAAGGCCAUCACGCUGGUGGUGGGGAACUCGGAAACCAUUUGUAACGUGAAGGAAAAAAUUCAGGCCGUUGAGGGGUUUCCAUGGCAUCAACAGCGUUUGUUCAUUGCUGGAAAGAAGCUUGAGAAUGACAAAACUUUGUGGGAUCAUAACAUCGAAAAAGAAUCUACAUUGGACCUUAUUCUUGGUCGUGGGUGGGGAGGAGAUGUUUUUCAGAUUUUUGUUGAGAAUUUAAAUGGGAAGAUGAUUGGGCUGAUGGUGGAGAGCUUGGAGACAGUUAAUAACUUGAAGGCAAAGAUUUGGGUCAUUGAGCGGAUUCCAUUUCAACACCAAUUGUUACUUUAUGAUGGAAGGCAUCUAGCGGAUGGUAAAACUUUGGGUGAUUAUAACAUCCAGAAUGAAUCUACAGUGCACGUGAUGCAGAAGAUGUAUGGAGGUUGUUAUCAUGUUUUUGUUAAGACUUUGACAGGCAAAACCAUCCAGGCUUCUCCAGGAGCUACAGGGACCAUUGAUGAUUUGAAGGCAAAGAUUCAUGACAUUGAAGGGAUUCGACCACAUCAUCAACGUUUGGUUACUUCUGCAAAGAUCCUUAAGGAUUUUAGAACUUUGGCGGAUUAUAAUAUCCAACAAGAAUCUACAUUGGAUCUGGUUCUGAGGCUUGGAAGAGGUGAUAUGCUGAUUUAUGUUGUGAUUAAUUUGAAAAGGAACUGGAAGAUCAUCAUGCUGGAGGUGGAAAUCUCGGAUACCAUUAAAUUCCUCAAUUAAAUGUUAAUUUCAUAUGAGUUUGGUACUUUUUAACCAGUAACUAAGAUCUCCGGUAACAAAGCUCUGAUAAAUAUCCUAAAAGUUGGAAUUUUAUUUUAAUUAUUUAGAAUCGAAUCCUGCAGUUCUUGUCUCAAAAGAGAGAAACUGUUUGUUGUUUGGAAUUUGAUAUAUAGAAUUUACAGUAUCUUUUAUAUGGUUAAAUGUAAUAAUAGC